AUGUUUGGAGAAAGCGGACGCAACUCAGCCCCAGCGCUCUUGCUGACGAGCAGCGAGAUUUUGUUGGUCCCUUCCUCUCCCACUCCAAGUUGUUGUGAUCCCAACAUUCCCUCCACUUUUGAUUCUCUCCUCGACGUGGGAAAACUCACACUCUCCCCCAGUCACAACAAGGUCGGUGGCGCUUGCUCCUCUCGAUCAUUGUUGGACAAGCGCGUACGAUUUGCGACGCAACUCGAGACGGUGGCGGCAUAUGUGGAAACGCGGGAAGAGAUUGCCCCCGAUGCCGACAAGAUUUGGCACAAUCCCACGGAGCUUUUCGUGAUGCGAGAAGGCGCCAUGGAGUUUGCCAAGCACAUUCGCAAACAACCGGAUUCGUACUAUAGUCAAAGCAUGGCCCAUGUCCACCAAUGGGCCCAAGACACCGCACUCGAACGCCAAGAGCAAGAAGAAGGCGGUAGAUUUCUAGGCAACAUUUGUGCUCCUCCCGAAUUCUUGAAGGAAUGGGCCGUCUUGUCAUCGGACCGUCGGGGACUGGAACGCAAUGUCCUACAAAAACCUCUGCAACGAGCAUGGGCCCGAUCCGUCAAGGCCGCCACCAAUGUCGUCUUGGAUCUGCAAGAAGAAGAAGAAGAAGAGAAAAAGAAUUCUGAUCAUUCCGAAGAGUCUUCCAGUAGUACAACCACCGACAGUCAUGCCAGUUUGACAGGUGGCUCUACCGUUGCUGAAAGUGACAAUGACAGUAGUAGCUACGAAUCCAUCCUGCGUCAACGCUACCAAGAAGCCUCCCGUGCAGCCGUGAUUUUGGCCCUGGCCAUGGGCAACAUUGAUGCCAAGAUUGCGGCCGGAUAUCAGCGCCAAAAGAACACUCGUUCUCCCGUGAAACGCAGCAACAGCCGCAAGCUGAGACGAAGCCCACGGUCGUCCCCGGGAUGUGUCAAGAUUUCGGGCAAGACGGGUGAGAUUCCCGCGUUGCCCGUUCUGUAG